AUGGCAUACAAUCAGCUCCCCCAGGGGAUCAAGGAUAAGAUCACAACAGCCUUCAAUGAGAUUGUCAAUGUUGGAGCCGAAGCAUUGAAAGACGAAGAUGAAGCGUACCUUCUGCUAGCCGGUCCGAACCGAAUCGCUAUAGCUCUCAGCAAAGGGCUCGGGACUGAAAAGGGGACGAAGGUGGUAGAUGAUCUUUUCCGAGAGGGUCACUGGGGGUGCACAGGGAAUGCAAAGAAGGAGCUACUCGAUGAGCUUGACCGUAUCUAUCCUGUAUCUCCCACAAACCGGGCAUUUCAACGCCCUUGGAAUUGCACUUAUACUACGUCAAGAUUUACGGGGAACGAAGGCCUUGUCGUCUACGUGGCACUAGCAAAGUACAUUGUGGAAACGCAAUCGAGCCUGACGAGAGGUGACUAUGGGAAAGACCUCCUAAACGCGACCGUGGAGAAAACGAAGAGAACAGUUCCUCCGACUUUACCGGGCCCGCAGCCUCUGCAGGGAGACGCUGCAGCCCAGUGGAUCUUCGACAACGAGCCGCAAUAUGUGGAAACAGUGUGGGCGGCAUUUCAGCGAUCGGUAGAGGAGUUGACCAUGACGAACCCUACCCUGCAUGGCACACGUGAUAAUCGUUUUGGCACCUAUGACUACCCAAAGAAGUGA